UCGGGUUGUAGAUCAGGUGAUCAAAUGAUUCUACGGAGUUCGGUAUUGACACAGUACGUGGCCAGUCAUAUACUAAGUGAAUUCGAGCAUCCUGGAGCUAUGGACGUGGAGCCAACACCACCUGGAGAUCCUCAAACAUCAGCAUCGUCUUCGACAUCAGAAGAUGGCGAGGAAAGAACAAACUUCCGGGAACUUUCAUUCCAGAAGUUUGAGAAUAUGAUGGCCAACAGUUUUCAGAAUAUCCGCAUCGACGUCUCUAAUAACUUGUCGCCUCCCGUGGCUCAGAAAUUCCAGAAAAAAAGCAAAGGUUUCAGGUACUUCGUCAAGUAUUUGGUACCUGGUAACAAGGAGCAACACUUCUGCGUGGAAUUCAAGUACAUGAGAGUUAAAUCAAAGCCCACGAAGCAAGCUGUCACUGUAAAGAAGAGCUCCAGCCACAUGCUCUGGGGUCUUCCAUUGUGCUUGGUGCAGAUGCCUAAGAGGGAUCAGUAUUCAAACCAAGUCAAUGUACGCAUCAAGAAGGCUAAACCGCCCAUGGGACAGCCAAUCGGUGUAGCUCGCUACAAACGUCCCAAAUAUCUAAGAAUCUAAGUAACUGCUCAGCACAUUCUUAUAACAGCACACUAAACGUAUACUCAUAACGCAUAAUCUAAUAUAAAAAUAUGCUAAUUAUAAUCAUUGAAUCUCUUCAAGCUUUUCUUACACAAUUAUUUUGCGAAGCAUGGACAUUUUUAUGUAAUAACAUGAAAUUUAUCUAUCUUUAUGUUGUGUAUAAUCAAUAUUUUGUUACUAUUAUGAUGAUUUAAAUGGGUAUUUAAUGAUAACAUAUAGUAUUUAGCAAAUUCCACAAGACGCACUUAAAAACAAAUUAUGUAGUUUUCAGCACAAUAAAUAUAAUGCUUAAACAAAA